AUGUUUGAAUAGUCAAAUAAUAAUUUAUCAGCAGAACUAGCUGUAAAUUAGCAAUAUGAGAAUUUUAGCUAAAAUAAUAACGAUUAAUUUUAGACUAAAUUGCUGGAAUUAUAGUAGAUAUAAAUAGUUAAAAUUAAAAGUUUAGAGAAGAGGCUUGCUGAAAAGGAAACAUAAAUUUAAUUUUAUGAGCAAAAGCAAUAUCAGUUAGAAAAAGAUUUUGAAUUCAAUCUGCAAGUUAUUGAAGAGAGAGAUUAAGAUAUUCAGGAAUUAUCAUAAAAAAUGCUAAAUUUGAAGUAGAUUGUUGAAGAAAAAAAUAGUUAUAUAAAUAGUCUUUUACAGGAGAUAGAGAACUAAAAAUUCAACUAACAUCAAUCUGUGUAGAAUUUUGAAGAUCAAAAAGGAAAUUUCUAUGAAAAGAUUGAUCAAUUUAAGUUUGAAAAUAAAAAUAUUAAAGCAAGGCUAGGAGAGAAAAUUGAAGAAAAUGAAAAAUUGAAAAAUUAGGUAUCUGAAAUGAAAAAAUGUAUUGAUGAUAAAGUUAAAGAAGCUCUUAAUCGCGCUAAUUAAGUAGCUCAGGAGAAAAUAUAGUUACUUACUAACUAAAUUUAAAUGUUAAAAAAAGAAAAUGAAGACUCAUUAAAGCAAUAAACUGAGGCAAGAAGAAGUCAUGAUUAUAAUAUAUAAAAAUAAUAGGAUAAACUUUUACUUGAAAAUGAAAAUUAUUUAAGAAUGCUUAACGACGAAAAGCUUAAAAAUAUAGAAACUUCAAAGAAGUUAAAUGAGGAAAUUUCAAAUUUAAAAUAAAAAAUAUAAGACCAAUAGAUAACUGUUAGCACUUAAUAAAAGGAAAUAGAGGGUUUUAAGGCUUCUUAAAAUACUUGGAAUGCUCUUUUAAAAGAAAAAAUGGAAAUUAUAAAUAACGAAAAAGAAAAGCUUUAAGAAAAGUUAAGCACCAAAAAGCAUAAAUAUUAGUAAAAGUUAAAAGAGCAAAAAGAUAAUAUGGACAGAAAGUUUUAAAUAUUAAACGAAGAUUAAAAUUCUUAAAUAAGGUAAUUCGAUCAAAUAAUUAGAGAGUUAAAAAUUGAAAAUGAAAAACUUAACUUGCAAUGCAAUAACUAGACAAUUUUAUUACAAGAUAGAGAAAGAAAAUACCAAAAAGAUGUUGAAGAAAUUGAGGAUAAAUUUAGAACCUUUAGAAAGAAUUAAGAAUAAUAAUUUAAAUAACAAAUUAAUGAUAAAAAUGUCACAGAUUUUCAUUUAAAGUAAAAAAAUGAAGAGCUUUAAAAAUACCAAAAAGAUAAUUCUGAAUUAAAAUAAAAACUUGAUUAAGUUUUAAAGCAGAUUAAAGAAAUAGAAAAUGAAAACGAGCUCUUAAUUUAAGAAAUUGUUAAAUAUAGAAAGUCAUCUCCUAAUUAAAAUUAACAAUAAUAAAACUAAAAUAAUUAAAUAGAAUAAAAUGGAAUUAGCUUAGAUUCAUAGAGAUAAAGAAAACCAUAAUAGUAAUAGCUUUAAAAGGGUAAAAAGAAAAUUAACUUAAAUUCAUCCAUGCAAUUUGAAGAAGAUGUUCUAAUAAAUUAAAAGAAUACAAUUUAAAAUGAUUCUAACAUCCUCCAAAAUUAGAUCGAAGACGAGUCUAUUGAAAAAAUAUUUACAGGAGAUGAAGGCCCAGUUAGUCCAUUGAGAUCUAAAAACUUUAACUUAGAUUUUCUUAGCAACAAUAAAUCUGCAAGCUUGUUAGUCAACAGCAUUUUACUUAAAAAUAAACUCAAUCCUCAUAAUCCAACACCAAAUUAUUAGAAAUAUAAUGAGAGCUUAUAAAGAAAGUCUAAUCAGCAAGUAGGAAACAAUUCCAAAUUAUAGGAAAAAAUAGCUUCUUUAGAAAGUGAAAUAGAGGCUUACAGGCACUUAAUUGAAACUUUAGCUCUUGAGAUGGAGAAUGUUAACAAAGAAAGCUAAAGAAUUAAAAAUGAAAAUUCAGAAUUAAAGUAGAGAAUAGGCGAACUUUAAAUGGAUAUCAUGAAUUACAGAGAGAAACUAUUGAAAAGCGAUUUAAUCUAAAGAUCUGCUUUUGAAAAAGACCAAGAAAUUGAAGAAAAAGAUAAAGAAUUAUAAAAGGUUUAAAAAAGAGUUGAGAAACAUAAGAGCGAAAUAGAGAAGUUAAAAAGAGAAAGGGAACAGCUAAUCAGUAUUUCAAGUGACUUAAGAGAAAAGCUAUAAGAGUAAGAGGACAUCAUAGAGCAAAAAGAUGAAAUAAUUACUUAAUAUAAAGACAAUUACAUUUUUAUUAACAAAUUCGACAUGAGAAAACCUACUUAGCUACAUCUGUCUUAGCUUGAGUUACUUACUGAAUAAGGUUCAAAAUAAUUAUCUAACAAUAAUAAUAAUGAAAUGAAUCAACCGAUCAAAGAAGAAGAUGAGAAAGACAUGUCUUUUAAUAUUAAUAAAAAUUUCAAUUAAAAAAGUAAUAACCACUCAUAAAGUCCAAACCGAAAUAAAAAUUUAUAAAAUAAAAAUACCUCAAAAAAUUAAAAUGCAAUAAACAAUUAAAGAAGUGAUUCUAAAAAUAGUAAAAAGAACACUUCCUUAGAAAAAAAGUCUGUCAAAAAAGAUGGAACUAGUUAAAAAUUGUUUAAAAAAAACCUUCCUAAAUACGAUCAAUUCUAAGAAAUAGAUGAAUUCAUUAAUAAAAAUACUGCAACUAAAUCAUAGAGGGUCAAUAACUUUUUUAACUCAAUAAACAAUGAAGAUAACUAAUAUUAUGAUGAUGAAGAGCAUGAAAAAAAAUAACUAUAUGUCCAGUCUCUAUCUAAGCCUCUUGUAGAUAGAUAAGAAGAUGAAAAACAAGCUUAGUAUAUUCCAAAUAGUUUAAAGGCUACACCAUCACAAUUAGAAAAGCUUGAAAAAAUUUAAGAUUAAAAGAGGAUUUUAAGCAAUAACAAUUCAUAUUUAAAAAACGAAAACAGUAUUGAGGUUCCGCCAUAAAAUAAUAGAUUGAAAGUGAGAAACUAUAGCAUAAAAGACGAUAGUUUAAAUUGA